GUUGUACCUCUGUAGGUCUCUUUUUCUUUUUUUAAAGAAAAUUUUAAAUUUUGAAACAGGAUCUUACAAUGUAGGCAGGCCGGCCUUGAACUUGUUUGUGAUCCUCCUGCCUCAGCCCCCUCAAUAGAUACAACUCCAGGUGUGUACUAUCUAUCACGGCUGGCUGGGGACCUACCUCUGAAUCCUUGCUGCUUAGCAUGGCCAUUCCUCCGAUAGACUACCUCUCUGGUUUUUGCUCCUCCCCUCUUUUUUUCUUUUUUUUUUCCCCGGAGCUGGGGACUGAACCCAGGGCCUUGAGCUUGCUAGGCAAGCGCUCUACCACUGAGCUUAAUCCCCAACCCUUUGCUCCUCCCCUCUUCAGGUCACUUUCUAGACUUUGGAAGUGCCUAGAACAUUUAAGAAAUGCCAGGAUAGGGAAUGCCAGGAUAGUUUUGGGUUUUUUUUUUUUUUUUUUUUUUUGGUUCUUUUUUUCGGAGCUAGGGACCGAACCCAGGGCCUUGCGCUUACCGGGAUAGUUUUAUGUCAACUUGACAUGAGCUAAAGCUAUCAGGAGGGAACCUCAUUUAAGAAGAUACCUCCGUAAGCAGGAGAGGUAGCACAUUUAAUCCCAGCACUCAGGAGGCAGAGGCAGGUGGGUCUGAAUUCAAGGCCAGUCUGGUUUAUAGAGUGAGUUCAAGGACAGCUAGGGCUACACAGAGAAACCUUGUCUCAAAAAACAAAAACAAAAACAAACUAAAGAACAAAAAAAAAAAAAGAAAGAAAAGAAAAAAAAGAAAGAGAGAGAGAGAAAAAGAAAAAAAGGAAAGAAAAUGCUGGGCUGGCCUCUCUUUUUCCGGCUGGAACCAUGGAGGCUGUACCAGAGGAGAAAAAGAAGGUUGCCGCUGUGCCAGGAACCCUUAGGAAGAAAAAGGUUCCUGCUGUGCCAGAAACCCUUAAGAAAAAUCGAAGGAAUUUCUCAGAGUUGAAGGUGAAGCACCUGAGGAAGACAUUGCGAAAGGCAAGGAGGAAGCUCAUCUGUGAGAAGGCAAAGCACUCUCACAAGGAGUACAGGCAGAUGUACCCGACUGAGAUUCCCAUGGCUAGGACGGCAAGGAAAGCUGGGAACGCCUAUGCGCCCGCAGAACCAAAACUGGCCUUUGUCAUCAGAAUCCGAGGCACCGACGGAGUAAGCCCAAAGGUGCGCAAGGUGUGACAGCUGCUUCGUCUUCAGCAGAUCUUCAAUGGCACCUUUGUGAAGCUCAGCAAGGCUUCAGGUAACACGCUGAGGAUUGUGGAACCGUACAUGGCACAGUGGUACCCCAGCCUGAAGUCAGUAAAUGAGCUCAUCUACAAGCGAGGCUAUGGCAAAAUCAAUAAAAAGCGCAUUGCCUUGACAGAUAAUUCCUUGAUUGCUCGAUCUCUUGGUAAAUUUGGCAUCAUCUGCAUGGAGGAUCUAAUUCAUGAGAUCUAUACAGCUGGGAAACGCUUCAAGGAAGCAAAUGACUUCCUAAGGCCCUUCAAACUAUCUUCUCCAUGAGGUGGAAUGAAGAAAAAGACAACUCACUUUAGAAAGUGGAGACGCUAGCAACAGGAAGACCAGAUAAACAGGCUUAUUAGACGGGUGAACUACGGUGUUGCCCGUGGUAUUUUUAUAAUCAGUUAAUAAACAGUCACAGCUUGGCAAAAGAAAAAAAAAAAGAAAAAGAAAAAAGAAAAAAAGAAAAAAAAAGAAAAGAAAAAGAAAA